AUGUUUCCAUGUGUAUCACUACGUGCUUGUCGUUCUCCGCGAAGAAUUUUAAUUCAGCGAAUAUUUCUGCGUUCGACGGCAUCGACAGCUGAUCGAAGUUCUUUGUCAUCAUAUCGAUCAGCUUCACAUUUUUCGUUGAAAGUCGCGCGAUUCUUAUUUUUGAAACGGCGUAUCAAUAAUCAGACUGGAUCAACAAGAUUUGUUCCCAUAUCAACCCAUGCUCAUUAUUCCAAAAGUGAAACGCCUGACGAUUUGCAUGAACUAGCGCGAAGUUUCCUAUUUUCACUGGAACCAGAGCAUCGCAAAAUUCUUGAAAAACAGUUGAGUAACGUCGAGACAUCUUUGCCGACAAAUUCCAUGAGAAAAACGAACAUUACCACUGUGCUUCCGUCUCAACUUGCUGUCGUAUUUUUGGAAACCGGUCUUCCAUAUAUUGGCUUUGGUUUUGUUGAUAAUUUUGUUAUGCUUGUUGCCGGAGAAACGAUCGAGACGUUCUUCGGUGCUGCACUAUGCCUUUCAACGAUGGCAGCUGCUGGUCUUGGAAACGCUAUUAGUGAUGUAUUAGGCAUCGGCCUUGCAGAUCGCAUUGAACGAACGUGCGGACGCUUUCUAGCUGUAUUUGGAAUUAGUGCGCCACAAUUAACAGCAGCUCAAUGGAGAACACGGACUGUGCAUUCAACACAAUUAAUGUCCAAAGUGAUUUGUAUCUUUUUGGGUAAGUUCAACCGCUAA